GAGUACGUCAAUAUUCGAUAGUUUAUUUACGUAACGUUUGCAGGAUGCUGAAGGUAGCGCCUUAUUCAUUCAGUGAAAUACUCGCGUAAAAAAAUAGUAAAAUAAAUAAGCUGACGUUAAUUUCGAAAAGUAAACUGAAGUUGUACUUGAUGAACUACGCUAAUGAGAGGAAUUUAACGAAUAGUUAUUAUGUAGGUUGCGCGCGCAGACAAUGGCAUGACGCUUACAGACGGUUUGGUGAUUCGUCGAAUUCAAAUCGGGCUAGAGGAUUUCGCAGAAUCGGUUGAGAGGCAUUCGGCCCGUGAAAAUAUAUCUCAGUUAAUGCCAGUGAUCGAGAGAAAGAAUAAGCAGUGAGUGUACUUGCGUGGAAAAGAGUAUACGGAGAUCGAGGAGAAGAAGAGGAGACAGAAAGUGGACAGAAGAAGAGGAAGCUGAGCAGCGUAGUUGUUGUUCUUAAAGAGAAUCAUGUCACGUUCGGACGCUGACUCGGAACGUUCGAGUGAUUCCGAGCGAAAUUCCUACAGCAACAACAGUGAGAUUGACGAGCCUAAUCGGAGACGAAUUCGCAGGAAUCGGGAGCAUAUGUGCAAAAAAUGCAAACGCAACGCCUUGUUGGCUCUAUUGAACAGCAGUAGCAGCAGCAGCACCAGCAGCAGCAGUGCGACUACCGGCAACAUCACGAGCAGCUCGUCAACGGACUCGUCGGACUCGUCGGACAGCUGUUCCUACAACAGCGAGGACUCGAGCGACAGCUUCUUUACGACCAGCAAGUCGUGCUCGGAAUCCGACUGCUCUACGGACAGCUCAUGGACCCCCGCUAGUCGCGAUUCCGACUCAACGAGUCUCGAUUCGGACGAAUAGCAACAAGUGCGCUUUUUGUUAGACCUGCUGCCAGGCUGUCGUUUGCUUCUAGAACGGCCUUGUCCCUGCCACACUUCAAGCCAGACCAGCUCAGCUAUUAUCCAAACUCGUUGCCCGACUCACUUGUAUAUGCGACUCUGAUACUCGAUUGUUCGUAUUGCUCGCCCGAUCGAUAGUUCAAUGAAUUUUUAAGUCGAUCGCCAAACAUUCGCUCGUAAUUGCAGGCAUUCCUUAAAAUUUUCAACUCGAGUCGCAAGAAUAACUUGUUCAUUUAAGCGGGAUGGAAAUUUCAUCGGGCUAUUGACAGCUACCGUUGGCAACCUGUAUGGAUUACAGCCUUCGGUCUCGUGGUCCAUUGUUCCAGAAAAUUCCAGCCGGUGGCGCUUUAACAACGCUGCCACGGCGAACGGGCUUGCGCGCGCUCUGCCAAGUUGGCGAUCGAUAAAUGUUGACACAUUUAAUGAUUAUAGCCUCCCUAAUCUGUUCUGCGUUCCUAAACUUUUUCAAGUGCAUUCCCGGCUCGCCCGUCAUCUAAUAAGCUUCCUAUUUUUAACGCCGUCGAGCUUAUCACUUUGCUUCGUUAAUGUCCCACGCGAGUUUUACCCAUUUCUUUUAUUCGGCCACAUGAUUUUUCGCGAAUCGUUCUAACUUUAAUAAUUUUAUUUGUCAAGACUAGUUUAUUUAUAAAGCGAAUAAUCGUUAGAUUAAUUUUAUUAUUAUAAAACAGCAUUCGACUCGCGUCUUAGCGUGAGCCAUUUUAUACUUUUUAUAUGUAGAUUUUUUUUUAUGGUACACUAAAACUUAUUUUGAAGCACGAAAACUUUGGCGUCUUAUUU